GCUUCUCCUCCGUGGUCGCUCUGGGCGCCAGCAUCAUCUGUAACAAGAUCCCAGGCCUGGCCCCCAGACAGCGGGCGAUCUGCCAGAGCCGGCCGGACGCCAUCAUCGUCAUUGGAGAAGGUUCCCAAAUGGGCCUAGACGAGUGUCAGUUUCAGUUCCGCAAUGGCCGCUGGAACUGCUCAGCGCUGGGGGAGCGCACGGUCUUCGGGAAAGAGCUCAAAGUGGGGAGCCGGGAGGCGGCCUUCACCUAUGCCAUCAUCGCGGCGGGCGUGGCCCACGCCAUCACAGCGGCCUGCACCCAGGGCAACCUGAGCGACUGUGGCUGCGACAAGGAGAAGCAAGGCCAGUACCACCGCGAGGAGGGCUGGAAGUGGGGCGGCUGUUCGGCCGACAUCCGCUACGGCAUCGGCUUCGCCAAGGUCUUCGUGGACGCCCGGGAGAUCAAGCAGAACGCCCGCACGCUCAUGAACCUGCACAACAACGAGGCCGGCAGGAAGAUCCUGGAGGAGAACAUGCGUCUGGAGUGCAAGUGCCACGGCGUGUCCGGCUCGUGCACCACCAAGACCUGCUGGACCACGCUGCCGCGCUUCCGGGAGCUGGGCUACGUGCUCAAGGACAAGUACAACGAGGCGGUGCACGUGGAGCCCGUGCGCGCCAGCCGCAACAAGAGGCCCACCUUCCUCAAGAUCAAGAAGCCCCUGUCCUACCGCAAGCCCAUGGACACCGACCUGGUCUACAUCGAGAAGUCGCCCAACUACUGCGAGGAGGACCCGGUGACGGGCAGCGUGGGCACGCAGGGCCGCGCCUGCAACAAGACGGCGCCGCAGGCCAGCGGCUGCGACCUCAUGUGCUGCGGCCGCGGCUACAACACGCACCAGUACGCGCGCGUGUGGCAGUGCAACUGCAAGUUCCACUGGUGCUGCUUCGUGCGCUGCAACACCUGCAGCGAGCGCACCGAGAUGUACACCUGCAAGUGACCGGCUGCCAGCCAGAUCUCCGGGGGGACCGGCAGCCAGCGGGACCGCAGCGGGGACCGGCUGCCAGUGGGACUGCACGGAGACCCGCUGUCAGUGGGACCGCAGGGGGACCCGCUGCCAAUGAGACUGCAGGGGGAGACCAGGUGCCAGUGGGACCGCAGGGGGGACUGGCUGCCAGCCAGAUCUCAGGGGGGACCGGCUGCAAAUGAGAUUGCAGGGGGGACUGGACUGCCACUGCACCGGGAUCUCCCAGUGGGAGAGCUUCAAGGGGACCCCCUUUGGGCUUUUCUGCUCCCUGUGGAUCCCGCGGAGGCCAGCCCGGCCCUGGAUGGCUCUGCCCCCCCCCACCUGUCGCCGCUCCACCCCCGGCCCCCGGGUCCCUCGUGGCAGCGACGUCGUGUUUCGGCAGGACUCUGGACCUUCGGGCUCCGCAUAGCGAUAUUUAACGAUUUAUUCUGAUAAAAAAAAAUGAUAUUAAUUUAUUUAAUUAAAAAGAAUCCUUCCA